AUGGCGGGAGGACUAAGCACAGGAAAUCAUUCCACGCCAAUGCCACCAGGUGCCAAGGACUGUGACAGCCUGAAGGACGCCAAGCAGCGCCAUGGAACCAGGGUAGAGUCCCCGCCAAAGAUGGUGCAGGAAGUGGGGGCGGAGCCAGCACCACCACCCCACCUUGCCUGCCAGCACCGGGAGCCAUCCGAGCAGGUCAGUCCAUCCAUUCGGACGUCAGGGCUUUCUCUCCGGGGCUCCGAGUACCCCAAGCGGCCCCUCCCCAGGCUAUCUUCGCCCGACGCCCUAGAUCUCCCGGCCUCCGGAAACUCGGGGUGCCGCGGGCCGCAGGUGCCAGCCCUUCGAGCUAUGGGUUCGGACGUCUGGGUCGGCCCUUGGCGGCCACACCGACCCCGCGGGCCCAUCGCGGCGCUCUACAAAGGCCCGGGGCCCAAGUACAAGCUGCCUCCGAACACCGGUUACAUCCUCCACGACCCGUCACGGCCCCGCGCCCCCGCCUACACCUUCGGUGCGCGCCUCCCCACGCAACAGCAGUCCUGCAGCCCCGGGCCUGGCCACCUAGUGCCCGCCCGCAUGACCGUGCGCGGCCCCGACGGUUCCCCCUCCUACUCCAUCUACGGUCGCCCACGCGACGGGGCGCGCUUCCUCACUCCUGGACCGGGCAGAUACUUCCCCGAGAGAGCCGGGAACUUGGCAUACCCCAGCGCGCCUCGGCACACCAUCGCUCCUCGAAACUGGGGCGUCCAACCUGAGCAGCAAACCCCAGGCCCCGGGACCUACACGGUGCCCUCACUCUUGGGCUCCCGCGUCAUCGGCAAAGUCUCGGCUCCAACUUACUCAAUCUAUGGCCGCAGCGCAGUGGGCACCUUCUUCGAGGACCUCAGCAAGACCCCGGGCCCCUGCGCCUACCACGUGGUGAACCCCGGUGUCUACAAGUCCCGGGCCCCCCAGUUCACGAUGCUGGCCCGGACUUCGCUCCCCGAAGACAACACCUUGAAGCCCGGGCCCGCGGCCUACAACGUAGACAAGGUGGCCUGGAGUUCAGGGGCACAGCACCGGAAGCCCCGUGGCUGGAGCUUCGGAAUCCGGCACUCCGACUACCUGGCUCCGCUGGUGACCGACGUGGAUGAGCGGCCUCGAGCCAUUGGCCACACGUCGACCUGCCCCCUGCCGCGGUCGGUGCAAGAGUCUGCUGACCCCGCGGUCCAGAUCCCGUGGCCAGGCGCGCGGCGGGAGACACUGGGCUGGAAUCCGGAGCAGGACAGGCGCGGGCCGCUACUGCGGGACAGGAUCGGGAUGGGGCACGUGGCCGCGGAGACACCGACACAAGGCGGUGGCAGGUUCCAGGUGUGUCUCGAACCCCUGCAGGCCUAG